AUGACUAACACAAGACGUGAACGCGCAAUUGCCCUUCGUCCUGUUGAGAUUACCAAUCAGCAGCUUAUGGAAAUACUUUCUACUGUGAGAGCUGAUAUGCCUACCAUAAAAGGACAGAUUGGCAAUGUUGAGCAAACUCUGACCAACAUGAAUGACAGAAUUGGCGUUCUUGCCACCACCAGCACCAACACCAUCAGUGCCAUAGAUAGUUUGGCCAGAACUCCCCUUGCUGCUCCUGUGAGAGCCGAACUCACUGUUGCUGCACCUGUUGUCAUCUCCAACCAUGAGUCUACCCGUGAAGAAUCUAAUGCAGUUUAUGCUCAUAUUUACAACCUUAUGUGGAAACCCAAGCUUAGCUUGAGAACGCCAGAAAAUAUCCUGGCCAACAACCUCAAGCCCAGAUGGGAUACAAAUGUUGCUUUCAACAAAUCUCCCAACAGGGAGAUAGCUGAGAGACUUCUUUCUAACCUUGAGCGCAGUAAAACCCGUCGUGAGAGAAUGUCUGAUGAUGAGAUAGUGGAAACAAAUGCUCUUACACGAAGAGCAGCCCGUGCAGAUGAUAAUGAGUGUCGCCGUGUACUGGCAUACAAAGACAAUAAGGAGGCAAUUGAUCUUGUAAUGCUCAGAGACUGUGCCAACACUCUCCAAAAAGCAGUAAUGUCAGAUGGAGAGUCUGCCAAUGAAAUGGACGAGGAUGGCAUAAAACAUGUCAUUCAUAUUUGCAACCGUUUCAUUGCACUUGUUGACACUUAUGCUGUCCAGGCCAUGGAGUCAAGUGCUAAUCAAAGGAUCCAGAGGAUCACUACUAGUGUGUCCAACUCAGCAGUCCCAGAUAACAUUAGCCCCAAUUUUUCUCGGUGA